CUCACCAGUGUCUUCCUUCUGCCUGGCACCCAGGGCUUUCUGGAUCCCUUGGGAAGCACUGAGCCCUUUGCUUUGCCUUUCCAGAAAGCCAUUGAUCUGGUGACAAAAGCCACAGAAGAGGAUAAAGCCAAGAAUUACGAGGAGGCGCUGCGGCUCUACCAGCAUGCGGUGGAGUAUUUCCUACACGCUAUCAAAUAUGAGGCUCACAGCGACAAGGCCAAGGAGAGCAUUCGAGCCAAGUGCAUGCAGUACCUAGACCGGGCCGAGAAGCUGAAGGAUUAUUUACGGAACAAAGAGAAGCACGGCAAGAAGCCCGUCAAAGAGAACCAGAGUGAGAGCAAGGGCAGCGAUAGUGACAGUGAAGGGGAUAAUCCAGAGAAAAAGAAAUUGCAAGAACAACUGAUGGGGGCCGUCAUGAUGGAGAAGCCCAACAUUCGGUGGAGUGACGUGGCCGGGCUGGAGCUGGCCAAGGAGGCCCUUGAAGAAGCUGUCAUUUUGCCAAUUAAAUUCCCACACUUGUUCACAGGCAAGCGUACCCCUUGGCGAGGGAUACUGCUCUUUGGACCCCCUGGCACUGGGAAAUCCUACCUGGCCAAAGCGGUGGCAACAGAGGCCAACAACUCCACCUUCUUCUCCGUGUCCUCCUCGGACUUGAUGUCUAAGUGGUUGGGCGAGAGUGAGAAGCUAGUCAAGAACCUGUUUGAGCUGGCCAGGCAGCACAAGCCUUCCAUAAUCUUCAUCGACGAGGUGGAUUCCCUCUGCGGAUUCCACAAUGAAAAUGAGAGCGAGGCUGCCCGAAGGAUCAAAACAGAGUUCUUGGUCCAGAUGCAGGGAGUGGGGAAUAACAACGAUGGGACUCUGGUUCUUGGUGCCACAAACAUCCCCUGGGUGCUGGAUUCGGCCAUUAGAAGGAGGUUUGAAAAGCGGAUUUACAUCCCGUUGCCGGAAGAGGCGGCCCGCUCCCAGAUGUUCCGGUUGCAUCUGGGCAGCACGCCCCACAGCCUCACGGACGCCAACAUCCAGGAGCUGGCCCGGAAGACGGAGGGCUACUCGGGCGCAGACAUCAGCAUCAUCGUGCGGGACUCCCUCAUGCAGCCCGUGCGGAAAGUCCAGUCGGCCACACACUUCAAAAAGGUCUGCGGCCCUUCCCGCACCAACCCUAACAUCAUGACCGACGACCUCCUGACCCCGUGCUCUCCAGGGGACCCAGGGGCCAUGGAGAUGACUUGGAUGGAUGUCCCUAGUGACAAACUCUUAGAGCCUGUGGUUUGCAUGUCGGACAUGCUCCGGUCUUUGGCCACCACCCGGCCCACCGUGAAUGCAGAUGACCUCCUGAAAGUGAAGAAAUUCUCAGAGGACUUUGGACAGGAGAGUUAAAAGCUUUUCACUCUGGUGAUGGUGACGGAAGGAGGUUGGUGGCGGUAAAUUCAUGCACUCCUCAUGUCGGUGGCCAGACAGGCUGCAGGGCUCGUCCUAAAAUCACUCCGUGUCCCCUGGGCUGUCUGGCCGCCAGCCAAGGAGCAGGAAGGAAGGGGCUCCCGGCCGCAGAGAUGCAGAAGCACAUCCGGCAGCGGGUGGAAUACUGGCUCUUCCUACUUCCUCCUCCUCUUCUGGAAGCUCACUACUCCUUGUCCUGACACUCCAUGUUUGUUUUUAAAGCCUUUUUUGUUCCUCUAAAUUAAUGCUGCUUGGAUUUUCGUCUUGUUUAUAAAUAAAGUCAAAAUCACCUGGAGCAUCACGGAGUGGGAGCAGCCGAGCAGUGGGGUUGGUGCAGCAGACCUGCGAGCCCCCAUGGCCCGUUCCUUUUAGACCCAAGUGUCGCUCCUUGUGAACUGAAUGACUGACGCCCUGGAACCCCAGCCCAAGCUGUGCCUGCAAAGGCCAAGAGUAAAGCCAAGCCAUCCGCACACUCCCAAGUCGCACACUCCCAAGUCGCCAUCCCUGUUCCUCCCUGCAGGAGGAGAGGGGUCUGUGAACACCAAGCUGUGCACGUCAGAAGGAGUGAAGGCAGUCAGGCGGGUCUCACUAAUGCCUCUUCCCUCUGAAUGUGAGAACAUGAACCCAGCCACCGCCCGGGUCCCUGUCCUGGAAGUGGGCUAAUAAAUCCUUUUCCCUUCUUGA